AUGGGGCCAUUUGCAGAGUGGUUAAGUACCAGCGUUCUGGAGCCUGACAGUUUCCAUUUGAAUCCUGGCUGUGCCACUUACUAGCUGUGGUUAUUUAUAUGUGUAGCACUUAGCACUGUGUAACUGCAAACUCUUGUUAUUUUUGCUAGUUAUUAUUUUCAGUUUUCUCCUGACCACCCAGUUAUUUUUUCAGGGAGCCCCCUCCGCCCCAGGCUGGUUCUAGCACCUUUUGGGAUUCUGCAGGCUCCUGUGCCUGUCUCGCCUUGUCUCUGACCCCUCUGCCUGUGGCUCCCCUACUCCAGCCCCGGCCACACUGGGCUGUUGUUGGUUGGUGAUGGCUAUGUUUCCCCCACUGGACAGGAAACCUGAUCACUGGACCAGGGGUUUGCUGAUCAGGGCUCUGUUCCCAGAAUCACUCGGCACAGGACCGUGCACACAGCAGGCACUCAAGAAACAUACUGAAGGCCUGAAUGUUAGCGACAGUGAGAGGAACGCUGGAGCAAUCUCUGUGUUCCUUGCCUUGAAGAACCCUGGUGUGCGUGAGGCUCUCCCCGCCCCAAGGAAGGAGGACGGGGCGGGAUCCCAACCCCGCCCCCCCCCCCCCCCCGGCCCCCUGCUGCCCAUGAACAACCAGGCGCGGGGCCCAAACCCCUCUCCGGCCCGGGUCUUGGCCUUGGUCCGGGCUUCGACCCCGGUCAGGUCCUCGAUCCCGGUCCGCAUCCCAACUCCUGCCCGGGCCUCGACCCCAGCCCGCACCCGGAAUCCCGCCCAGACCCCGGUCCGGGCCCCGAAUCCCGCCCAGACCCCUGUCCGGGCCCCGCGUCCCGUCCAGAUCCGGGCCCGGACCCCAGAUCUCCCCCAGACCUCGACCCUGGGCCGGGCCCCGACUCCCGUCCGGAUCUCGGCCCGGGCCCAGAUCUCGGCCCGGGGUCCCGCUCAGACCCCGACUCCUGUCCAGACCCCGGCCUCAGCCUGGACCCCCACUCUCGUCCAGACCCCGACUCCGGUCCAAACUCCAACCCCAGUCUGGACUGAGACUCCUGUCCAGACCCCGACUGCCGUCGGGACUCCGACCCGGGUCCGGACGCCCACUCCGAUCAGGACCCCGACUCUGGCCCGGAUCCCAGCGCCAACCUCAUUCCCAGUCGGGGUCUCGAUCACAGCCGUUGCCCCUGCGUCGGAAUCCUUAGGGAACUCAGCCCCACCUUUGGAUCCACCCUCAGAAUCUGCUCCGGAGCCCCCUGUGUGGCCGGACAAGGAUCUUUCACCGACACCCAGUGUGAAGCACUUCCCAUCAGUCGCCAAUGGAUUCGGCUCUGUCACCCAAGAGUCCCUUCCUGCCCACACUCCAACGGCCGCUGAUUUCCUGGGGCCCACCCUUGGGUCAACCUCGAGGGCAGACUCAUCAGCCACCAAGUUGAUGGAUUCCACUCCCGAUUCUAUUCCCGCGCCCAUCCUGGAGACCGACUCCUUCGCCACCGCAUUCACCUCCACCUUCGAGAACUUACCGGAGGACAGCAAGAUCCUGAUUCGAGUGAUCUACUGCGGCCUCUGAAGCUACAGCCUUCGGUACAUUCUACUGAGAAAGAGUCUGGAGCUGCAAUUUCCAAAUUGUCUACGCUUUGAGGAGGAAAGAUCUGCCCAGGCUACAGGGGAGUUUGAAGUGUUUGUGGAUGGAAAACUGGUCCAUUCAAAGAAGAAAGGCGAUGGCUUUGUGGAUGAGGCCAGGCUGCAGAAGAUUGUGAGCAUUAUCGAUGAGGAAAUUAGGAAAAGGUAGCAGCAACCGGCCGAAGGUGAGUUGUAAAGCUGUGCCACCCAAUAACAGCCUACGGCUUUUCAACUUACGGAGCCUCAGCAGGAUGCCGAGAAGGGCUGAAAUGUUGCCAAGUCAGGUCCUUUUCUGAUGGUAGCUGGGGCUGGGGCGAGUCGGGGAG